UCAGGCGUUGGCGGCGACGCGCAGCGCGCUCCCCGGAGCCCCACUCGUGCUCACCCGCACUACUGUAAUCAUAUGAUACCGAGCCCGGGUCCGCCGCCACCAACUUGUUCGCGGUCCACUUCGAACAACUCUCCCAAGGAACUUUUCAUCCCCCCCCCUCCGUCCAUCAAAAACAACUUUAAAUCGCCGGGGGUGGUCGAGGAGGGGCUCGCAUCAUCCGGAGACGAAUCGGGCUCGGAACCGAGCGGAGGGGGGACGGCUGUGAUUUGAAGAGUAGCCGCUUGAGAAACUCGCUCGUCGGCCGGAAGACGGUGCUGUCCUGGCAUCGCUUUUUGGGGACUUUUUUUAAAAAACACAUCCCAGCACUCUUCUGCAAACUACUUUAUAUUGAAAUCCGAGCAGAGUGCUUUUGCAUCAACGCUUGAGCCAUGGUCGGGGAGACAGAGGUGAAGGAGAGACCCAAGUCCAAUCCGGACUACUUAAUGCAACUGAUGAACGACCGGAAGGUGAUGAGUUCAUUACCCAACUUCAGUGGCAUCUUCACACAUCUGGAGCGGCUGCUAGAUGAAGAGAUCGGGCGGGUACGCAAGGACAUGUACAACGACACGGUGAACGGAGGCAUGUUCAACGGACGCGACAUGGAGGAGCUGCCCGAAGCCAUCGGACCGGUGGCCCAGCUGCAGGAGAAGCUCUACGUGCCGGUCAAAGAGUACCCCGAUUUCAACUUUGUCGGGAGGAUCUUGGGCCCGCGUGGACUGACCGCCAAACAGCUGGAGGCGGAGACCGGCUGCAAGAUCAUGGUGCGCGGGAAAGGUUCGAUGCGGGACAAGAAGAAGGAGGAGAUGAACCGAGGCAAGCCCAACUGGGAGCACCUGAGCGAGGACCUCCAUGUCCUGAUCACGGUGGAGGACACGCACAACCGCGCUAAAAUCAAGCUGCAGCGGGCCAUCAAUGAAGUCAAGAAACUCCUCAUCCCCGCUGCUGAAGGUGAGGACAACUUGAAGAAAGUGCAGCUGAUGGAGUUGGCCAUCCUCAAUGGAACCUACAGAGAUGCUACUGUCAAGACACCCAGCGCCGGCUUCCCACUCGGCACCCCGCAGGCCCCUCGCAUCAUCACCGGCCCCACGCCCGUCCUGCCGCCCACCCUGCGCAAUCCCGCCCCCGUGACCACGCCGACGCUCAUGCCUCUGAUCCGUCAGAUCCAGAGCUCCGCCCUCAUGCCGGGCGGCAACCCGCAUCCGGCGCUGGUGCCGCAGGGACCCGAGUCGGGGAUCAUCUACACGCCCUAUGAGUACCCCUACACAUUGACGCCCUCCAUAUUGGAAUACCCCAUCGACUCGACCGGCGUAUUAGGUAUGGCUUUCCCAACCAAAGGCUAAGCGAUUAGCUAUCCAUCUUAGCGCACAUGGACUGGCUUGCAGAGACCCCCCUCUCCCAUCCAACCUCCCCGCCUUCCUGAACCAACACCCCAACCCCACCUCCCCCCUUCUCUCUAAAUGCUUCCAGUAUGCUACGGAGCAAAGGCUCACAGCUCGCUCACACUGUAGGACGACAGAUCCCUCGCGCUAUAGUCGAGUAUCCAUGGCUUCUUCUCGCUCGUGACAUUCUAUUAGCUCACUAGCGUGGUGGUGUGACACCUUCAAUUCUAACCUUUUCUUUAAAACAAAGUAUAUAUAUAUAGUUCCACUUGUAAUUUUUAACACUUUUGCUCUAGUUUAGAUGUUCUAGCGCGCUGUUUGUGAUUUAAUGUUUUUUUAAAAAGCAAUUUUAUUGAUUCCAGUGCCUCACCAGCGUGAUUUUGAAGCUAUUAGUGAAGCUUUUUUUUUAAAAUAGGAAGUAGUGGUUUGGAUUAAUUUUUAGAGAACAGAAGAUCACAACACGACAUGAUUCUGUCCUUUGAAUGAUUUAACCCUCCUGUUAUGGAUGAACACUUAUCUCUUGUGUUUGAGGUGAAAUAAGGAGGGAACGUGUAUGUGUGACCUGAAAUACAGUCGUCAAUGAGUGUACUGCAUACUAUUUGCAAGGAAAAGAGUUAGCCAUUUUUGCCAUCUCCCUUUUAGCCCGUUGCGUCGCUGCCGGGUCGAUAUAUUUGAUGGCGCAUGCAUGGAAGGGGAGGGGUUUGCAAAUUAUUUUUGUAAAAUAUAAGAAAAAUGAGGAAAAGACUUGCGGAAGACUGAUCUAAAUCUCUUAUCGUGAAAAGUCCAAUGCAAUUAAAAAAUAUAUUUAAAAAAAUAAAUUAAAAGAGCAGAAUAAGAAGUUUGAUCAGAUUUUUCUUUUAGAUAUACAGUAUAUAUCAAAAAACUGCUGUUAUUUAAUUCUUACCAACGUGACUUGCUCUGUGUUUAAUCAACGUAUUAUAAAAUCGUAUUAUAUAUUUUACUUGUAUUUUUUUGGACACAGAAUAGAAAAAAACACAACUAGAGAAAUAAAAUGUUCAUCUAAAUUUACCAAAUAAAACCAAAAUGUAGAUUUUCCAAGUGAUCAGUUGCACCCACAGCAUAAUCGGAGGGUUAAAUCUUUACCCCCACCCGUCCCCGCCCCACAACCCCGACCCCACCUCCCCCUCCCUCUCACCGGCAGUUUUGUGCACGUUGUCAAUUCUCCCGGAAGUGGCCGCUGACGUGUGAUGUGUCUUCUUCUGAUGAGUAGUAACCUUCUGUGUUCUGUUUUGGCCAACGUCGUCGCGCUUGUUAGCAGGUGCCAUGACCGCUAAGGUACGCCGCCAAGACAAGAGAAUCCAUCCUUACCAAAGGGUAGUGACCACAGACAGAGGUUAGUUAGCUCACCAGCCGCUUUAUGUGUACGUGUGCGUGUUGUGCAUGCAGACCAAGGGACCAGUAUAUGUGCGUGUGUCUUAGCAUGGCAUGCCCAGCUCGGUGUCAAAUGUGAAAACAGUCUUGUUGCAGUAAGGGUGAAAUUAUGGGAGGAGCAAUGUCAAGAGGGAGGGCACAAUGGGGGAGAGAGAAAUGCACUUAUCUCUUGUUCGAUAACCCGGGCGGCCAAUCUCAAUUAGAGUGAAUCACUCCAUUCAUGUGACUCCCUUCCUUGUGACUCCUGGACUUGGAGUCCCCCCCUUUUUUUUAUGCUACUUCUUACUACCCAGCACGUCCGAUGGGAACCUUUUAUUUAUACCUGAUUUCAUUCCACUUGUUCCCGCAUUUCUUUGUUGGUGAUCAAAAGUGUUGUGCCCGAUGACUACACGCCACUUAGUCCCAUUUUACUACUAAAACACAGCGUGUGAUGACUACUGAAGUCUGUGUUCCAAGCUCUUUUUUUUUUGUAUGAAAUACUGUUUGUUUUUCUUUUUGUGGUCUUACCAGUCGCCCACUGGACUUUAUCAUUGGGACUGUUUACAUCUUUCAUAUUAUAUUACCUAGCCAGAGUGGUGCUGUUGCCAUGUAUUUAGCUGCAAAAGAGAAAAAGAAAAAUACAUUUGUAUAUAGGGAUUUUAAAGUGCUUAUAUGAAGCUAAUGGAACAAAAUCGCUUGAAAAUAUGAGUAGGUUUUUUUUCCCUUUUUUUUUUUACGGUAUGCUUUUUAUAGAUAAAGUGUCUCCAUGUAAAACUUUUAUUCCGCGUGUGUAGCUCCUACUGUUCCCUGGAAGGCAGUUGUUGCUCUUGUGUGUGUGUGUUUUUUGUUGUGUUUUGAUUUUGUUGUUGUUUUUAAAUAUGAGGUGACCUUCUCAAUGCACAGGCCUCAUGACUGUUUUAUGCAAUAUAGACAUGGACUAGCUAGCUGCAAUAUGUAUGUGUGUGAGCAGUGGUGCUCCUGUUGUACAGAACAAGCAACAACAACAAAAAACCACUAAAAAAGGCAAUAAAGACGACUAUUGAGAACAAAAUAAAUCUCCAAAGACAAACUAAA